AUGGAUGGAAAUAAUCAGAUUUUACCACUUGCUUAUGGCAUUGGAAAAUCAGAGGAUGGUGAAUCUUGGACAUGGUUUCUCUCAAAGCUUAGAGACCGUGUUGGUGAAAUAGCAGAUAUGGCGAUCAUUUCGGAUAAGGCGAAUUCGAUACAUGUAGGUUUUAGAAACGUGUUUCCACGUGUGUACCACGGGUUGUGUUGUCGUCAUUUAAUGAUGAAUUUGCGUUUGCCGUCGUCUAAAAAAAAAGAGCAUGAGGCACUAUGGUGGAAGACAUGUAAAUCUUAUCGGAUGUCUGACUUUAACGAGUCAUUCAAUGCUUUGUGUCUUGCUGUUCCUAGAAUACGCCAGGUUUUAACCAAUAUUGGGUUUGGUAGAUGGGCAAGAGCUCAUUGUCCCGGCAAUCGAUACCACUAUAUGACAUCUAAUAGUGCGGAGUCUAUUAAUUCUUUGUCUAGAUUCUCGCGUAAGAUGCCGAUAACGCAACUUAUCGAAUUUUUCCGCGAGUCUGUACAAAAAUGGUUUUAUGACCUUCGACUGCAGGGCAUGCAGGAGAGCCAUUCACUAACUCAGUGGGCACAGAAGAAAAUUUUAAAGAAAAUUGAAGGGUCUAGAACCUGGACUGUUGCAGGCAUCCAGGUAAACAGUUUUGUUGUUGAAGACGGUGGGAAAAGGGGUGUAGUUGAUUUUUCGAAUCGUUCGUGCAGCUGUCGUGUCUGGCAAGUUUCUGGUCUACCUUGUGGGCAUGUGAUUGCUGUUUCAAGAUUUUUGGGUGAAGCUGACUACAGUCAUUAUGCUUUCUCGUGUUAUUCAAACGAAGCAUACAAAAAAACGUAUGAAGAAUCGAUUAAUCCUCUGCCUCAUAGGUCUGAAUAG